CCCGGAACGAGUUAAAGUUCACGUUUCUGUCCGACUUACAUUCGCGAUGCACUCUUGGUGCCCGUGUGUUUACAUCAUCUAAUCUUGUUUGUUAUACUUCUAUUUACUUCACCAAGUCAAUGGACUGACAUUGGCCAGCCAAGAUGCUGAAAGAUCUUCCUCGAGAGGCUUUGUUCCGGCCGUUGACCAGGAAUGAGGUGGUGGGCAUGCUGUUGAGGCUGACCAUCUUUGGAGCAGCCACCUACUAUAGCAUCAAGUGGGUUGUGGACGCAAUGGACCCGACUGCUAAACAGAAAAGCCAAGCCAAGAAAAGGGCCGAACAGCUUAUGAAGACGAUUGGUGUUGAAGGGGUCAAACUGACUGAGUAUGAGAUGAACAUCGCAUCACAACUAGUGGAUCCACAAACUAUGAAGGUGUCCUGGAGAGAUAUAGCAGGUCUCGAUGAGAUCAUCAAUGAGCUACAAGACACAGUCAUUCUGCCCUUUCAGAAAAGACACCUUUUGGCAGGAUCCAGACUGUUUCAGCCACCAAAAGGUGUUUUAUUGUUUGGUCCUCCAGGCUGUGGGAAAACCAUGAUUGCUAAAGCAACAGCCAAAGCAUCUGGCUGCAAAUUCAUCAACCUGCAGGCGUCGACACUGACCGAUAUGUGGUAUGGCGAAUCACAAAAGCUGACAGCUGCCGUCUUUUCAUUGGCGGUCAAACUACAACCAUGUAUCAUUUUUAUUGAUGAAAUUGACUCAUUUCUCAGGAACCGCUCCAGCCUUGAUCACGAGGCCACUGCCAUGAUGAAGGCCCAGUUCAUGAGUCUGUGGGAUGGCCUGGAAACUUCCUCAGCCACUCAAGUGAUGGUCAUGGGGGCGACAAACCGACCACAAGAUGUAGAUCCUGCUAUCCUACGCAGAAUGCCCACCACAUUUCAUGUUGGCUUUCCUGACACAAGACAAAGACAUGACAUCCUGCGAUUGAUAUUAGCUGAAGAAAAUCUGAGCAACACUAUUAAUCUGAAGGAGAUAGCCGAGAAGACAGAAGGCUACUCGGGCAGCGAUCUGAGGGAACUGUGCCGCGAUGCCGCCAUGUACAGAGUUCGAGACUACGUCCGCAAGGAACAGAUGAGGCAGAUCGCUCAGCAGUUAGGAGAGAUCGAGGAAGAGGAAAUAUCCAUGAAUGAGGAUAAAUUGCGUCCAAUCACCCAGCUCGACCUACUAUUUGGCUUGGACAAGAUGAGGGAGUCCAAACGGGGCACGGCGACCAUGUUACCUACUGUUCCCGAGGUUCCACUGGACUGAACAUCUUUCAAGUGCUGGUAGGCUCAGGAGCUGCAUGAUCUGAGAAAGAUAUUUGAUAGAAGAAUGAGGGGAGAAAUGGUCAGAAGAGAAGAAUUGCGUCGAUGCCCAUAUGGACCAUUUUAGAUAUAAUCAAGAUAAGUUCAAACACAACAUUGUACUUGGAACUGCCUUGAGAAUGAAAAAUCAAUAUACGCUUUAAAAACAAUAAGAAACCAAAAUAACUAAUGUACAUAUCUUUUCAUAGGUAACAUUUAAAAAAAAAAAGAGCACAUUUGACUCACAUUAAGGUCCUACAUGGCAGUUUUACCCUCUUUUGAUCAGUCUUCUGAGCUUCAAUGAGACUCAUGAACUGAUACACGCCUGUGCCACAGAUAACAUUUUAUUGCUGGGUUUAUGGAAUGACAGAAAAUAUUUACCGUUUUGAAAAUAAAUUACAGUUAAUACGAUUAUUCCACAACUAAUUGAUUAUUGAAUGAAUCAAAAAACAUUUUUGAGAAUCAUUGAACGAGGAGAACUUGAGUAAUUUAAAAUUGUCCAAAUCAGUCUCUCACUAGUAAAUAUUCUCUGAUUUAUUCAGUCCCCGAUGAGGACUAAUUAUCUUUGAAUUCAAUCAAAAUAAGACAUUUGUAAGCAUUUACUUUUUGUUUGGAAAACAAUCAACACGUUUCUCCUUUUUCUUACGGACAACUGAAUCUUAAUUUCUUUGUGCACUGUCAAUUUAGGAUAAUGUUUUUGAAUGAAGGGAUGGAAAUUAGUAGUUUUAUUUGAGCUUGAAACAAAAUAACAGCUUAACCAAUUAUUAAACUAUAAGUUAGUUGCAGCCCAAAUAUAAACGAUUGAAUGUUUCCACCGAGACCCUGCAAUGAGCUCACGAUCCCUGGUUGGGAAACACUAUUAACUUUGCACAUCAUCUGCUUUAGUCCAAAUAAAAAAACGCUGCAUUAGCUGAAUAUGGUAAUUGAACAGAGUGUGUGUGAUUAUUUACUUUUUUUUUGCCUAUGCACAACCUUUACUGCACUCUCAGCUGUAACUGCGUUGAGAGCAAAGUUCGAGGAUAGUCUACUCUGUUUGCUGGUGCAAUUGGAGAGUGUCAUGGACAUAUUAUGGGGCUGAGCGUGCGUUCCAAAGUUUAGAGUUCAAAUUGAGUUCCACUGUAAAGGUUAUAGCACAUUUGGUGUGCGUAUGUGAUCCCUCUAAAGAGUACCAGUGUGACUGUGCGGAGUCAGAAAUGGUGUCUGACACAUCAAAAUUGUUGAGUUCAGUAGAACCAACCGAAGGAUAAGAAUUGAAAGAGGUUAUGUCCUGGGUAAAAUGAAUCAGUAAGCAUAUUCUCUGGAGACUUCUUUGAGGAGUGCAUGUCCUCUAAAAUGGCCUUGUCAUGAUCGUGUCCGGUAUUUUAUAGUUUAUUUUAGCCUAACGUAUUCUCUCCGUGUUACCUGAUGCUCACCUGUGUCCCUCACAGAUAGUUUGACCCUUUUAAAUUUACGGCUUCUACUUGAAUUGGUAGCUUUAUUACAUCAGCCAGUUGUUGUCUCAUAAACCGCUGUUGACUGCCGAGUUCACUGCACUCGAGUCAUCUGCAUGGUUUGACUAAAAUUGUACUUUGUGCCACCUUGAUCUCAUAUCCAAGAGCUACAUCUGAGGCACCACAUUUAAUGGGGGACUUUGCGGUGUUAAAAUUGCAAGCAAGAUCGAAAUGUAGCCUCACCUCAGUAAUUUACAGCCCUUCCAGCAUCUCUGAACAAAAUGUGCAGACGCCACUGAGCGUUCAUUUUCCUUGAAUAGUGCAAAUAGCAGUGCAAUCUGACUCCCUUGAAAAAAA